AUGCCCUCCACCCCCUCCCACAAAGGGGCCGCCUGUUCUGAGUGCAGAGGGCCCCUGGAGGAUGCAGUGACCGCCACCUGUGGACACACCUUCUGCUGGCACUGUCUCCCCCCACCCUCCCAGAUGGGUGCCCAGCCCUCCGGCAGGGUCCUGCUCUGUCCCCUCUGCAAGGAGAAGCAGCAGACCGAGAGCCUCUUGGUCCCCGUGCCCCUGGGCCCUCUGACAGAGACUUACUGCAAGGAGCAUGGUGAGAAGAUCUAUUUCUUCUGCGAGAAUGAUGCCAAAUUCCUCUGUGUGUUCUGCCGGGAGGGUCCCUCCCACCAGGCCCACGUCGUGGGCCUCCUGGACGAGGCCAUCCAGCCCUACCGGGACCGUCUCAGGAGUCGGCUGGAAGCCCUGAGAAUGGAGAGAGAUGACAUUGAAGACAUGAAGAGCCGGGAAGACCGGAAGCUCCAAGUGCUCCUGACUCAGAUUGAAAGCAAGAAGCAGCAGGUGGAAGCGGCUUUUGAGAGGUUGCAGCAGGAGCUGGGGGAAUAUCAGUAUCUCCCGCUGGCCAGGCUGACAGAGCUGGAGCAGCAGAUCUGGAAGGAGAGGGACGAGUAUAUCUCGAAGCUCUCUGAGGAAGUCGCCCGGCUUGGAGCCCAGGUCAAAGAGCUGGAAGAGAAGUGUCAGCAGCCAGCAAGUGAGCUUCUGCAAGAUGUCGGAGUCAACCAGAGCAGGUAUGAGGUGAAGACUUUUGUGAGUCCAGAGGCCAUUUCUCCUGACCUUGUCGAAAAGAUCCGCGAUCUCCACAGGAAAAUACUCACCCUCCCAGAGAUGAUGAGGGCGUUCUCAGAAAACUUGGUGCAUCAUCUGGAAACAGAUACAGGGGUUGUCACUCUGGACCCUCAGACCGCCAGCCAGAGCCUGGUCCUCUCCGAGGACAGGAAGUCUGUGAAGUACACCCGGCGGAAGCAGAACCUGCCCGACGGCCAGCUGCGCUUCGAUGCUCUCCCGGUGGUGCUGGGCUCCCCCGGCUUCUCCUCGGGGCGCCACCGCUGGCAGGUGGAGGUGCAGCUGGGGGACGGCGGCGGCUGCACGGUGGGGGUGGUCGGGGAGGAGGUGAGGAGGAAAGGGAAGCAGGAUCUGAGCGCCGAGGAGGGCGUCUGGGCGGUGAUCCUCUCCCACCAGCAGUGCUGGGCCAGCACCUCGCCGGGCACCGACCUGCCGCUGAGCGAGAUCCCGCGCCUCGUGGGCGUCUCCCUGGACUACGAGGCGGGGCGCUUGGCCCUGCUCAACGCCGAGACCCAGGCGCCCAUCUUCACCUUCACCGCCUCCUUCUCCAGCAAAGUCUAUCCUUUGUUCGCUGUCUGGAAAAAAGGUUCUUGCCUUACUUUGAAAGGCUGA